AUGAAGGCUCCUCCGGAGACCCCCACCUUCAUCAUCCUCAUCCUCACAGUGAUGAAGGCUCCCCCGGAGACCCCCACCUUCAUCAUCAUCAUCAUCCUCACAGUGAUGAAGGCUCCUCCGGAGACCCCCACCAUCAUCAUCCUCAUCAUCCUCAGAGCGAUGAAGGCUCCCCCAGUGACCAUCGUCAUCCUCACAGUGAUGAAGGCUCCCCUGGUGACCCCCACCCUCAUCAUCACCAGGAGGAGGAAGGCUCCCCUGGUCACCAUCAUCAUCAUCCUCAGAGCGACGAAGGCUCCCCCGGUCACCCUCAUCAUCCUCAGAGGGACGAAGGCUCACCCAGUGACCCCCACCACCACCACCACCAUCAUCAUCGUCAGGGAGGGGAGGAAGGCUGGGCCUCUCCCCUUGGAGAGGAGGAUGAGGAUGGUGAGGGGGAGGAAGGGCAGAGCCUUCACCAUCAUCAUCAUCAUCACCACCACCAGAGGGAUGAAGGCUCCCCAGCCCACCAUCAUCAUCACCACCACGGCCACGGGGAGGAAGGCCGCGGUGGCCGUGAGGAUGACGAGGGUGGCGGCGAUGAAGGCCAGGCCCGAAGCCGUGAGGAUGAGGAGGGCGAAGGCCACCGCCAUCACCACGGCGACGAUGACGACGAUGAUGAUGAUGAUGAUGAUGAAGGCCGCGAGGAGGCUGAAGGCCGCCGCCAUCACCGUGACGACGAUGACGAUGAAGGCCGCCGCCAUCACCGUGACGAUGAUGAAGGCCGCGAGGCGGAUGAAGGCCGCGGCGGCCGUCACGAGGAUGAGGAUGAAGGCCACCGCCCCCGCGACGAUGACGAUGAUGAGGAUGAAGAUGAAGGCCACCCCCACCACGGCCGCGUCCCCCCCGGCUCCGAGGAGGAGGAGGAUGAUGAAGAUGAGGAAGAUGAAGGCGGCGGCGACAGCUCCGAGGAAGAGGAGGAUGACGAUGAAGGGAGUGAGGAAGAGGAGGAGGAGGAGGAGGAGGGUGAGGCCGAAGGGCGGUACCGGCCCGGCUCCAUCUGCAGCUACUGCAGCUACUGCAAGCACUGCCGGCUCUGCUCCCGCUGUCCCUGCACCGAGGGGGACCCCGGGGGAGACCCCUGUCCCCCCUGCCAGGUGA